GUAUAUCUCUCCUUGUACCUCGUUGCUCUUUCUUGGUGUUUGGCUUCAUUACCAGUCCAGAUGGCGUGCUUGCGUCCUCAUUCCUGCUUGCUACGACCCGCUAUGCAGGCUCGCACAAGUAUCUACAUGAGGAGUGAAGGCCUUCGCAGCGCAUGCUCUCGCACACUCUCGACCGGCAGCUCUCUCAGCCCGCACCACUCCAUCUACGUAUCAAACUCCACCAACCCGUACUUUAACCUCUCUCUCGAGGACUGGCUGUUCAGACACAAGCCGCCGAAGGAGCCGCUGCUACUGGUGUACCGCGAUGAGCCGUGCGUGGUGAUCGGGCGGAACCAGAACCCGUGGAAAGAGGUCAAUAUGGAGGCUUCUCGCCGAACGGGCGUGCCGUGGAUUCGGAGACGGAGCGGCGGGGGCACAGUGUACCAUGACUUGGGGAACACGAACUACUCGAUACACCUGCCCCGCACGUCCUUCGACCGACACGCCACGGCCCAGGUGAUCCUUGGUGCCGUCCGCUCGUUGGGUGUCGACGCGUGUGUGAACGACCGGAAUGACAUCUGCGUCGGUCAAUACAAGGUCUCAGGCUCUGCGUACAAGAUUGUAAACAACCGAGCGUACCACCAUGGCACAAUGCUCAUAUCCACGAGGCUGGACUUACUAGGCGACUUACUGCGCGUCAGCAAGGACACGAUGCAAACGAAAGGCGUGGCGUCGGUACGCUCGCCUGUGCGCAACUUGCAGCACUUCAACCCGCAAGUCAGCCAUGAACGCUUCGUAACCGCCGCCGUUGCUGCUUUUCGUAGGGAAUAUGACAUUGACGAGGAGAUCCGGAUAGUCGAGGAGAGCGAAGACGCUAAGAGCAUAGAGUACAUCCGGAAUGGCAUGGGCGAAUUACCGAGGUGGGACUGGGCAUACGGUCAGACACCACAAUUCUUCCAUAACGUAGCCCGCACAUUUGCAUGGGGAAAGCUGACUGCCAUGAUAGAAUCGAAACACGGUGCGAUAGUAUCUUGUGCUUUCUCUGUGCCGGACUGGGUGGACUCCGAACUGGACAAGCAGUUGACCGCGUUGAGUAAGAAGCUUGAACAGCAGAAGUAUGGCUUCGUGGACGAGAACGCUUUGGGGCCCGAGGCGCACAACGGAGCUCUAGAAGAGGUGUGGAAGUGGUUGCGGGCGGAGAUGGACAGUCAACCGAUCACUUAGUGGCGUGUCUCCUCAAACAGUAGCA